AUGAGCAAGAAGCAGGACGGUGUGGAGAAGGUGAAGAAGGAGAAGAAAGAGAAGAAGGAUAAGUCUGUGCGAAAGGAGAAGAGCGGCGACUCGAAGGUUGCGAAGGGUCAUGAAAAGUUGACGGUUGAGGAGAGGUUGAAAAGGUUGGAACAACGUGUGGCAUGUUUUGAGGGUCUUGAUCUGAUUCGUCGGUUCCGGCAUCACGUGAUGCAUGAUAUGGUGAAGCAUUAUGGCAUCGAUUUGCCUAAGCGGAUGAAUCCUCGAAAGCGUACGAACUGGAAGAUAAUAAUGGAUGCGGUAAAGAGUUCUCCGCGGACUCCGGAAGUGUGGAAGACGGGAUUGGAAGGCCUGACCCGUAUGGAGGAUCAGCUCCAAUUCCCUCUUGGCUUCUGGGACCAUGCGGAGAACGAGGCCAUCUCUGCAGCCGAUAUCGAGGCCUACAUCAUGCGUCUAGCACCGAAUCUGCAACCCGGCGUGCGGGCUAUGGCCGAAUGCUCGCUCCAGUACGUACCACCAUGCGCCCGAGGUAACACUAACGCUCAGGGCAAAAGUCAACGCCACCAGAUGAAGGAUAUCGAGGCCCUCGCUGCCAAGAUCGUUCAAAGAGAAACCAACAAACAUGUUGCCGCCCAGCAGGACUCCGCCAAGCAGGACUCCGCCCAGCAGGACUCCGCCCAGCAAGACUCCGCCCAGCAGGACUCCGCCCAACAGGACUCCGCCCAGCAGGACUCCGCCGAGGAGGAAGAGUAG